AUGAAUCCGGAAAGGGUCCCUUCCGGAUACUUGGACCCAUUGGAGCCCCCUGCGUUCCCAGCCACAUCGGCUCCUGCGGACUCUCAGCGCUCGGGGAGCACCAUCCACAGUGCGCCCUCGCUGCACAGCCGGCCCGAGGCGCCCUCCCGGCACUCCCCGCAGUCCAUUCAUUCUUUGAAGCCAGAGCAUGAAGAAUUUAGGGAGUCCCAGGAAACAGCAGAGGAGGAAGCCGCCAUGAAUCGGGCUAAGCAUCGCACCAAGGUUCCGGAAAAAUACACUGACAGCUGCAAGGCGUUUUUAUUCUCUCUCCAUGGAAUCCUGAAGAUUUUGAGGAUGGUACUUGUGGUGGGAGCGGUUGUUUGCUUCAUCAUCGGCCAGGCCCACCAAGCAUUCAUAGCAAUCACAGUUCAGGAAGUGUGCAUCGUCAUUUUCUUUAUUUUAGUAUAUCUGGUAACUCUUCAACACUUGCUCAUCUGUUUAAACUGGCCUUUACUUGAUGUUAUGAACAGUUUCAUUUCAACUGUAUUCCUUUUAGUGGUUGCCAUGAUGACAAUCCAAGAAAAGGGAAGGAGGCAUUUGUUCUAUGUUGGAGGGAACCUGUGUCUCAUAGCGGCCAUCCUGUGUUGCUUGGAUGCGUUGGGGGUCAUCAGGAGGAUGAGGCAGAUGAAAGAGCCUCAGACAAAGGCAAGCUCGGAGACCUUGCUCAAGACGAACUGA